AUGGAUAACUGUGAUUUAGAGAAGCUCUCUGUGGAUGGAGUCCAGCUGUGUCCUGAGUUCAGGCCUGAGGUCACUCUCUACACAGCGGCUGUUCCGAGCAGCGUACGCAGAGUCCGGCUCCACAUGACCACCAGCGACUGCGCAGCAUCCUGUAAAAUAUUAUCUGGUGACAGGACGGGCACAGUGCAGCUGGAGGAUGGUUUAAACCGAAUAGAUGUUGAGGUGAUAGCAGAGGACGGCACGGCCAAGACCUACAGCAUCCAGCUGACCAAACUGUCGGCCAGCGCGGCGAGACUGACCGAACUGACAGUAGAGGGACAUCAGCUUCAGCCCGGGUUUACUCCAGACCUGUAUGAGUACUGCUGCUCUGUGAGUUUUGACUGUCUCAGGGUUUCAGUGGGAGCCCAGGUUCCUGACCCCUGCAUGCAGAUCACAGUGAGGGAGGCCUGCAGCUCCGGCUCUGUGUCUUUAAAUGCUGGAGACACUCUGAUCCCUGUGCAGGUCACCUCACCAGAUGGCGCCAACUCACAGGUGUAUACAGUAAUGGUCACUCGGGAACAGAUUCCUGUAGCUGUCUCAUUCUGUGACGUGAGAGACCAGAUGGCGUUUGAAUGCCCUGUAUCUUUAAAUGCCCUCUAUAGGCCUGUGUCUAUUAAUCAGAGGUAGGGAAACAUUAUGUAAUGUAAGUAAACAAAAUACAAUAUGAUAACACACUCAAAUGCUUAAUAAAGCACUACUAUAAAAAACUGCAAGACUAAGAGUAAAGAUUUUUCUGGACUGUGUAGCAGUUUUAAUUUAAAGCUCAGUUCCUGUAUCAAACAGUACACUGCCUGUAUGAGGACUGAGUGUAUAUUGUUUUACAGUGACUCAGUUUGACGUGUUUUAUUCAGUGACUCGAAGGCCGUCUUCUCCUCUCCGUAUAUUGACAUGCUGACGCGGAGGUCGAAGGUUCAUCCGUUUACUGAGCGUCCGCUGGGGGACUCGUGGAGAGUUGAGGAGACUGAGCUCGACAGCAGAAUGUCCAACACAUCUGUCAACUGCUGCUUUACACAUCGUGGUUGUAAAAGCGUGCUGAAACUUGCUGAGGUCGGAGCACAUGCAAAAGAUUGCCCUUACAAACCACCGCUCAACUUAAACACAAAGGCAAGUAUUAAAUAUUUAUUAGAUUUAGAUUUAACCAGUACAAUACUGAUCAAAAGAUUUAGAACCCCCCGGUUAUUUUGUUGUUGUCCAGUAGCAGUGCUGCACAAUCCACACAAUGACUUUAUUACUGCACUUCACCUGUCAGACCUCAAAUUCUUCUUUUUAAUGCUGAAACUGAGGCUUUAGUCCAAUGUUAAGAUGAGCUUAGGCCAUUGCCAUGUGGGUCAGCCAGACUAUAUCAGUUUUCUCUUUUGAAGGUGUAGGAAACAGAACUCAUCGCUCUCUGAAUUAAUCUGUUAUUUCUUUAAAGAAAUGACUUAUACUUUUAAUAGUUUCAGAAUUCUGUAUAUAAGUCUGUAUUUCUGUGUCUAUUUCUAAUAAUUAUGAUGAAAGUGUGAAUAUGCUGUGUGUUGUGUAAAUGCUGCAGUAGAGAAUCUGUAUCAGUCUGUACAAAAGCUUUGAAAAAGCUUUGCAUUCAUUUCCAAAGCUCAGUUUAUUUCUAUAAACUAAUAACCAAUUUGUUUCCUAAAAUAUCUCACCACCUCUUCUUUUCACAAUAUACUUCUUUUACAAUAUAAUUUUUUCUUAGUUUUUAGUUAAUUUCUUUCUUAAAAUCCUAACUGUUUUCUAACUUUUGUAUCAUUUAAGUAAAAAAAUGAACAGAAAAUAACUGGGGGU